AUGCCCGACCUUUUGCGCAGCAUCAUCGGCAGAUUUACCCGAUUCCAAACUGGAACCAUCACUGCCGAGGAAUUGCAUGAUGAAUUCUUUCUUCACUGCUCUCCGCAUCGCCCUGGAAUGACGUCCCACCACCGAGUUGUUCCUAACUAUUCCUAUGAUUGGUGGAAGGAUCGCUUUGACCACUUGAGUUUUGAACUGCCGGUCUUGAAUUUGCAGGAGGUCAUGGAGAUGACCCAAGACCACUUUGAACAACUGCCGAUGGGAGCCAUCCUUGCGCCGGGUCCUGCGGUCACCAGUCAAGUGGAUGGCGAAGCUCUCUUCAACCAAAUUGUGGCCGCAAGAGCCCACCUUCAACAUCUCGGCGAAUCAAUGGCUUCUUUGCUUGAGAAGAAGGCUGAGAUCGCCGCUGCAGCCACGUCCACCAUGUCUCAACUUGAGGGACCGAUUGCCGAGCUGGAGGAAGAGCUCUUAAAUUCUGUUGUUCUGCACAUGCAGAUGACUCCAAUUCCGACUGACUGGGCUUUACAUACCACAUGCAUCGCUGGUGACUUUGUGCACCAGCUAUUUGCUUUCCAUGUCGGUCGCCGGCAACAGUCAGUCUUGCCUCUGCUCACAUUGGAUGUGCCAACAAUGCUUGCAUGUCAGCAGUUGGCCCGAGUUCUUGCCGAUGCAUAUUUACAUCCAAUUCACCUUGAUCUUGAUAUGAUUCGUUACAACGAGGCCCUUAACAAACGCUCUACCGGCCGGAUCACAAAACAUGAGGAGGCUCUGUCCAAAAAGUUUCCUCAUAGUUCUCAAAAGUUGCUUGACACGCCCUCGGUUCUCGUGGAUUCUGGCAGCCGUAUUAUUCUGUGGUACCUACCAGAGGCUAUUAGUCUCUGGAUACAAGCCAACAUGGAAGAAGCCACCAUUGGCAUGGGUCAUCUCCUCAAGACAAGCAUGACCAGUGGAGAAGAGACCCAUUGGCGAACAUACGCAGGGUAUUUUCAUAAGAGCGACCGGGACCCGCUGACUCCAGGAUGCAUCAACAUGGCUCCUUGCUGGUUCCAGCAAGGCCAAGAGCCAUAUGGUUUUCCUCCCACCGGUGUGUUCGCACCCGAGGUGUCAGCCUCUGCGGCUCUGUGGGUGAUGCAUCCAGAGUUAUAUUGGACCUCGGUUAAAACCCAGAUACAACUCGCCCGAUGGGCUAUGGACAAUGGCCUCGAUGAGAUUUAUACUCGUUUGCAACUUUGGGCCUUGGUGCUCAACUGCGCAGCUGUUAUUUGUAACCGGCAGUGCCCUCUGCACAGAGAUCCGUGA